GUGUGGACUACAGAUUGUCGUCAGUUUGACAAGGACAGUGUAACAUUCUAAUUUGCUUUCUGGCGAGAUGGAAUAGUACCUACUUUAGUCAAUUGUUACUUGACAAGUUGUUGAAGUGAUUAAUCAUGGGAUGGUAUUUUGAGAUGAUUUUAGGGAUCCUUGUGAUCAGCUGCACCAGUAAUGUUUGGGCGAAUAAUCCGGAAUGCGACUUAGCAGAGUGUGGGCUACUGCGGGAACGCCUGGAAAAAUUAGAGACGGUCGUGCGAGGUUUAAUUUCCAUCGUCGCAAAUAAGAAAACAGAGGAAGAAUUGACUGAAAUUCUGGCACUGUCUGCUUCGCUUGAUUCGUUCAAGAACUCGACUGUCCGACCCGUUGAAGUCGAUCAGAAACAAAACCAAAAUGCCAUACUCCAUUUGAGGGGAGCAGUCAAAUGUUCCUUGGCCAACCAACUAGACAUCAAUCGAUCGGAAAAUGAUGGAAUAAAUCCGUCUGGGAAAAUCGAAGCUACGUUAGGCGAGAACAACUUGCUCCAAAUCGAGUGGACCCCACGUUCAAUUGAUUGCAUCAAAUUCAGUUCUGGAGUUUGGAUUCGGGUUUACGAUUCGAGCCAGAAGCAGCCGUCUACGGGAGAAAACUAUUUGGCUAUUCCCCAGAAAUGUUUAAAAAAAAGGGCAAACGCCACAUUCUCCAUCGCCCUUCCCUCGUCUGCGUCGAAAUUAAGCGGGAAAACUUGCCAUUUCGAACUGAAAGAAUUUCUCAUUCAGUGUCGGGUUUAUACAAUCGAAGUUGUGCCAAAUUAUCAAUCGCUCAAAGGCAAAGCAAUAUUUACCGAAAUCGUUAUCCCACCUGCAAACGAUAACUCGACAAAAAGCUUGGAAUCGUUAAUAAGUGUUGGAUCCAAUUCUAGCUUAUUUACUCUAAAAUGGAAAGAUAAUUCUGGGUGUACACAUCAGCUGACUUCGCUCUAUUUAAAGAUAUUUCCAGACGGUAUGGAAAACGCUGGUAAUGCGACCAUGUCGCUACAGAUUCCACGAAAUUGUCUCAAACAACCGCCAGAGGAAACCAACGUAUUCUCGCUGUCACUUCCAGAAAAUCAAACUUAUUGUCCUGUUGAAUGGGUGCCGUUGGACCCAUGCCGAAAAUACAAAAUCGAAAUUAAAUCAGAGUACUCCAACACCUGGACCAGAGCAUCGUCUCUAUGGGAGACUUUCACGGAAGAGCGAGUAUUCACCCAGUUAUAUCCGCAAAAAAAUCAAUAUGCUUGUCCGAGCGGUUAUUUCUACUGCGAUGACGAUUGCAAACCAUAUGGUUGGAUUUGUGAUGGAGCUCAUGACUGUAGAUCGGUAAAUGAUGAACAGCAUUGUCAUAAGAAUGAAGAUUGCGAAUUCCGAUGUGGUCGCCAGUGCAUCCCCUAUUCCAAUGUAUGCGAUAGAGUGUACGAUUGUUUUGACGGUUCCGACGAAAAUGACUGUGAUUUUCCCAAUCAGGAAGAGAAUUGUAGACAGAUGACAAACUAUUCUGGGCAUUUUACUUCGCAAAUGUGUCAUCGUAAUGUCCAAUUUAUCUCCAAAAAAAUUGUCUUGGUAUCGGUGCCAACCAAUCACACAAUUUGGCUCAGUUUUAACAGCUAUAGAAACGAAAGAAACCAACCGUUAAAGAUUUAUGACGGGCCUUACUUGACGAGUCCUUUACUUUUGUCUCAUAAUAACGGAUCUACAAAACCUCUGUCUAUCCGAUCAUCUUCUAAUAAUUUGUACGUAGAGUUCCCAGAAGUUGAUUGUUCUAGAAAGUUUUCGAUUAAUAUCGAUUAUACAAGUAUGGACAUGGUGCCCGUGAAACUGGAGCAGUUCUUUCCAGGAUGCGGAGGCUACAUCUACGAUGAAGGUGUCGUUUUCUCGCCAAAUAAUCUUUCUGACAUCGACAACGUCACCGAAUGCAUCUGGUUUGUGGAAGCUGGCAAAAACGAUUAUGUAAUCUUUUUAAAAAGAAACCGCAAUUAUAAUGUCACUGACAAUGAUAAACAAGAACACCUUAUGACAGUAUAUGACGGUUGGAACUCGACAGGGCAGGUGUUGUACGACGGAAAAGUUUCAUCUUCUAACCAUUCGACUAGUGAAAUCUUGUAUUCGAUUAGUCAGAAAAUGAUGAUCAGAUUUACGCGGCCGACACUAUCAGCAAACAGUAGUAUAUCCUACUGGAAUGUCGCCACUAUAAAGGUGCGCCAAGAGAAUCUUGUGGGAUCCUCAGGGACAAUUGAGAGUCCCAACUAUCCAGCAUCAUACCCGAACUCGCACGAUUACCGCUGGAACAUCGUUACUGAACCGGGCACAAAAGUUCGACUUUUAUUUGCCUUCUUUAAAACCCAAGAGAAAUUCGACUUUGUCUCUGUGUACGACGGGUCUGCAGUGGAUUCCCAGCUGCUUCUUGCGAAAUCUGGUUUGCCCAAAACGCCUUUCACCGUCAUCUCCUCGUCGAAUGAAUUACUCGUCAGAUUUACAUCGGACGAUGACGUCACAUUUCCAGGAUUUCUGGCGGUGUACUCAACAGUUUAAAUAAUUUUAGUUUAUUACGGGGGGAGUGAGUGGGGGAGGGCUUAAUUUUAAUAGAAUCUUUU